UUGGCCGAAAGUCGCAUUGAAUUCAAGUUCACAGCGCCUGCCGCCCCACAUUUCGGUGGUUGUUGGGAGAGUAUGGUAAAAUGUGUAAAGAACCAUCUUUUUAAGGUUAUUGGACAGCAGAUCCUUGCGUAUGAGGAGUUAAUCACAAUCCUCGCUCAAAUAGAAUGUUUACUAAACUCUCGUCCUCUCACUGUGCUUAGCUCCGAUCCAGCUGAACCGACGGCUUUAACACCCGCACACUUUUUGAAUACGUUACCAUUACGCUCUCUACCUGCACCUGAUGUGGAAUCUUCGCCAAUUAAUUUACUUCAACGACAUACACUCUUAGAUAAAUUAGUCCAAUCCUUUUGGCGUCGUUGGAGAACUGAAUAUCUGCAUCAACUGCAGGCGCGGCGUAAAUGGACUCAAUGCUCGGUCCCCGUAAAGGUGGGCACAGUUGUCAUAAUUAUAAAUGAAAACUCACCGACCCUCUCCUGGCCUUUGGGAGUGAUCGUAAAGGUUCACCCGUCUAAGGACGGUAUAGUUCGUGUCGCUACAGUAAAAACGGCAAGGGGUAUACUCGUGCGACCAGUGGUGCGCUUGUGUCCGUUACCAACACAAUAA